AAGGCCCUUUUAAAUUUAAAUCUACUUUUUUUUUUUUCCUUCACUCGCUGAAUGGUUAAAGUGCCGCGUCGGCGUCUCUUCACACGACCACAUCAACACGGAAAUCCUAAAUUUCAUUCCCCUCCUCCUCCUCUUUUGUUUGAUCAAGGAACUAGAGUAAGGAAGGGGGUCAAUCCUGUGAUGUGCAGACCAAUAAAGGUCCUCCUGAGCCCCGUAGGUUCACUUCAGACCUGGUUCUGGUGAGUCCCUGACUGACUGUCCGAGAUGGAUCAGAGGUGCCAGGACUGGAUGUCCGCUUUACCGGCGGAGCUGUGGGACAUUCCUCUGACCGACCUGGCCAUACCUGGAAGCCAUGAUGCCAUGAGUUACUGUCUGGACAUAAACUCUCCACUGGUCAGAUCUGAGUCAGACUCUUUAAGGCUCCUCGAUGGACUUUUCUACUGCUUCACAAGGCCACUGAUUUUUAAAUGGGCUACAACUCAGGACAAAACUAUUGAGGAGCAACUGUCAAUGGGCAUUCGUUUCUUUGACCUCCGCAUUGCACACAAACAAAACGACCGAAGCAGCGACCUGUACUUCACCCAUGUCAUAUACACACACUUAACUGUCCUGGAAACGCUGAUGUCUGUCGCAUCCUGGCUGAAGUCUCACCCAAAGGAGAUCAUUAUCCUCGCUUGCAGUCACUUUGAGGGAAUCGACGACAAACUCCAUGAAGCUUUCAUUUAUUCCCUGAAGAAGCUGUUUGGCUCCAAACUCUGCCCCAGAAAGGAAGCAGUCCUGACCUUGCGGAGCUUGUGGGCGUCUGGUUACCAGGUCGUCCUGUCCUACGACUCCCAGGCUGCAGCCAGGCAUCCAGAGCUUUGGCCAAACAUUCCCUAUUGGUGGGCCAAUCAGAAUACAGCACAAGAAGUCAUCAGCUACCUGGACUGGAAGAAGGGGCUCGGCCGUCCAGACGGCUUUUUCAUCUCUGGCUUGAACCUGACAGCUGAUAGGACUUACAUCACCAAGAACUACAAGCAAUCCCUGAGGACGCUAACGUUCAGUAACUGGGAGUGUUUGAAGAGGUGGGUGGAGGAGCAGGUCCCGGGGUCGGACCCCAAGAGCCUCAACAUCAUCGCUGGAGACUUCGUGGGGCCGAUUCCACUCUGUCCACUGGUGAUCGCACUGAACCAAAAACUGAUUCGGAAGAAUAACAUCUGAUAAAAACAGACGUGUUAGUCAUGAAGAUUUA